CGCACAACAGUACAGUUCAUGCAGAAGUUGGGUGCCACGUAGUUGGCAUUCCUGCAAUGUAUAUUUAUUUUAGGAUCUGCAUUUAGCUUUUUAAAAUGUUGCGAGUAGGGGAGCUAUUGCCGAUCAAAAUGAUUAUUUUUUCUAUGUGUUUGAUAUUGCCCUCACUGUUAGUGUUUGUCACCGCGGGGAAACUGCCCGAGCCAGAAGUGAAAAUUGAAGUUUUACAUAAACCCUUCAUGUGUUACCGUAAGUCAAAGUAUGGAGACAUGCUUCUUGUUCAUCACGAGGGAUUCUUGGAGAGUAAUGGCACGCUGUUUUUUUCCAGCCGCAAACAUGGGGAUAACAAUCCAGUCUGGUUCACUCUUGGGAAUGGAGAGGUGCUCAAGGGUUGGGAUAAGGGUCUGCAGAACAUGUGCACAGGAGAGCGCAGGAAACUGACCGUCCCUCCAUCUCUGGCAUAUGGCAAGGAAGGAAAAGGCAAGAUCCCUCCAAGCAGUACCCUUAUUUUUGACAUUGAGCUCAUGGAGAUCCGAAAUGGUGCCAGGUCGCACGAGUCUUUCCGGGAGAUGGAUCUCAAUGAUGACUGGAAGCUCUGCAGAGAGGAGGUGACAGAGUACCUGAAGAAAGAAUUUGAGAAGCACGGCUACUCCCCUAAUGACACAAACCAUGAAGUGAUGGUAGAUGACAUCUUCAAAAAUGAGGAUGAAGAUGAAGAUGGUUUUAUAUCUGCGAGGGAAUUCACCUACCAACACGAUGAGCUCUAAAGGACUGAUUUCAUCUACUUAAAACUAGCGUUUGUUUGAUGAAUAUCCUCCUUAAUAGUGACCUGAAGUGAGGAAUUGUGAAUUAGUUAUUGGGCUUGUUUUUUUACAUUGCAAUUUAACAGUAUUGUUUUCCUUUUAGUUUAACAUUUCAUGGAAAAUUAGAUCUCUAAUUAUUUUAUAUCUCCAUUCUGCACUGAUGUCACCACAGAUUAGGCUACAGUAUUGGACUUUUUUGUUAUUGAUUUUAUUAAAAUGAACAGUUUUGAAUUAAAAAGAGCAUUAUGUUAAUUUAUUUGUAUUAUCUUUACAAUACAUGUGCGGAACACUGAACCUGUGUAGGUCUACUGUAUGUAGUCAGCCUUGGUGAUGUUAUACUGGAUGAUGGUAGUUUUUCUGUGUACGUCUUCAUUAAUCACUAGAGGGCACUCUUGUCCUAGACUUGUUGUAUCAUACUUACAAACCUUGAUCAAAUCCCAAAACAAAACAGCAACUGUGUACCGUCAGGGUUCCCUCUCAUUCAGUUUCUAGAUGUCCCUGUGUCUGCCAGAUCAAAAUGAGUACAGUCACAUAUCAAUUCAUGUCAUCAGGUUUGAAUCACGGAAAAGUACGCAGGAGGCUUAUAUAGAAAGGUUUCAGUCACUUGCAGUGAUGGAUUCUCCAAAUUAUGCCUUUAAGGAAUACCAUUGAAUUUAUUUUCAUGUUUUUUCAGUUCAUAUAACCAGUAGUGAGCCUUACGCAACCAUCACAUUCUCUCAAUGGCAUGCACAAUGAACAUUUUGCAGUGAAUAAACAAAUAUUUCCUAAAACAGUA